AUGAAGGUACAAAUUCUGGUUACCUUGUCCCUCAUAGCCGCCGUCAAGUGUAGGCCUGACGUAUCUCACUUUCCCACCGGCAGCUAUUUGCCUCCUGGUAGUUCCUCUGGCAGCUAUUUACCACCUUCUGGUAGUUACCUACCGGCCGAUUCAGGUAAAGACGAGACGCACGUCUUCUUCUACGGCUCCGAGGAAGACCUGCAGGCGAGAUUCAAGGUUAACGUUGUGCCAGCAUCUCACAAGAACACCAAGAUCAUCUUCGUGAAAACGCCGGGAUACACCGUCGUUCCGGAAGUGGUCGCGCCCCCGUCGCAAGCCGAAGACAAAACUUUGGUCUAUGUACUAGUGAAGAAACCACAAGAUGGAUCCAUAACGAUACCAACGGGACUUGGUGUGAAACAGGGCAAACCCGAAGUCUUCUUUAUCAAGUAUAACAGCAAACAAGAUGCCGCUCCUCAAGUCAGUGCAGGCGCACAAGGCCAGCAGGUCGGGAACGGCGUCCCUGAAGUUGGAAGCGAAGAUGCUUUUGUGGGCAUCUUGGGUAACGGCGGCGCUAACGGUCACGCAGGAUAUCCAAGCCAUGGACCAAACGGAGGAAGUGGUCCUUAUUAA